GAUCGCAACGCGGCUUGGAUGAGUGUCCGGGUGGAAAGCAACUUCCAGCGGUGACCCAGGAAUAAAGCCCCAAAAAAACCAAACGGGAGUCGGGGGACUUUUAAUUUGUUGUUUUAAAGAAAACUUGGAUUUUUGUUAACCCAGGUGGUCGUGUUUUAAUCAAAAGAAGCAAAAUGGGACGAGGAGAAGGUCGAGAACAAUAUGAGCUGGCGGCCACAUCAGAGCAGGGGGGCAAGAAGUCGAAGUCCAAGGGCAAAAAACAAAAGGAUAAAGAUAUGGAUGAACUAAAAAAAGAAGUGGACUUGGAUGAUCACAGACUGUCCCUGGAUGAGCUUAGUAGGAAAUAUGGCACUGAUUUAAACAAGGGACUGUCAGCUGCUCGGGCUAAGGAAGUCUUGGCACGUGAUGGACCCAAUGCAUUGACCCCACCUCCAACAACCCCAGAAUGGGUUAAGUUUUGCAAACAGCUCUUCGGAGGAUUCGCAACUCUGCUGUGGAUUGGAGCUAUCCUUUGUUUUCUGGCGUAUGGAGUCCAGGCAGCCUCAGAGGAGGAACCAGCCAAUGACAACUUGUAUCUGGGAAUUGUGCUUUCAGCUGUCGUGAUGAUUACCGGAUGUUUCUCAUACUAUCAAGAAGCUAAGAGCUCAAAGAUCAUGGACUCCUUCAAGAACCUUGUCCCACAGCAAGCCUUGGUUAUCCGUGAUGGUGAAAAGAAAAACAUCAAUGCUGAGGAAGUGGUUGUUGGAGAUCUUGUGGAAGUAAAGGGGGGUGACAGAAUUCCUGCUGAUCUGCGUAUCAUUUCUGCUCAUGGAUGCAAGGUCGACAACUCUUCCCUAACCGGUGAAUCUGAGCCCCAGACUCGUGCUCCUGACUUCUCCAAUGACAACCCUCUGGAGACCAGAAACAUUGCGUUCUUCUCUACCAACUGUGUUGAAGGUACUGCCAGAGGUAUCGUCAUCAACACUGGUGACCGUACUGUCAUGGGUCGUAUCGCCACCCUUGCCUCUGGUCUUGAAGUUGGACGCACUCCCAUCUCUAUUGAAAUCGAGCACUUCAUUCACAUCAUCACUGGUGUAGCUGUUUUCCUGGGCGUGAGCUUCUUCAUCCUGUCCUUGAUUCUUGGCUACACUUGGUUGGAAGCCGUUAUCUUCUUGAUUGGUAUCAUUGUCGCUAAUGUUCCAGAAGGUCUCUUGGCCACUGUAACUGUGUGUCUGACUCUUACUGCCAAACGUAUGGCAAAGAAGAACUGCCUGGUGAAGAAUUUAGAAGCUGUGGAGACCCUUGGCUCAACCUCCACCAUCUGCUCUGACAAGACUGGAACCUUGACCCAGAACCGAAUGACCGUGGCUCACAUGUGGUUUGACAACCAGAUUCAUGAAGCUGACACUACAGAGAACCAGAGUGGAACUUCCUUUGAUAGGAGUUCAGCUACAUGGGCUGCCCUUGCACGUGUUGCUGGCCUGUGCAACCGUGCUGUUUUCCUUGCUGAGCAAGAAAACAUCCCAAUUCUUAAGAGAGAUGUGGCUGGUGAUGCCUCAGAAUCUGCCCUCCUAAAGUGUAUCGAGCUUUGCUGUGGUUCAGUGAAGGGAAUGAGAGAAAAGUACAACAAGAUUGCCGAGAUCCCUUUCAAUUCCACCAACAAAUACCAGCUUUCCAUCCACAACAACCUCAAUUCAUCUGAAACCAAACACCUGCUGGUCAUGAAAGGAGCUCCUGAGAGAAUCUUGGACAGAUGCUCCUCUAUUUUGAUCCAAGGAAAAGAGCAGCCCCUUGAUGAUGAGAUGAAGGAUGCCUUCCAGAAUGCCUACUUGGAACUUGGUGGCCUGGGAGAAAGAGUACUGGGAUUCUGCCACUUUAACCUUCCUGAUGAACAGUUUCCUGAGGACUUCCAAUUCGAUGCAGAGGAGGUGAACUUCCCAACUGAGAACCUGUGUUUUAUUGGCCUUAUGUCCAUGAUUGACCCUCCUCGUGCUGCUGUACCUGAUGCUGUGGGCAAGUGUAGGAGUGCUGGAAUCAAGGUUAUCAUGGUUACUGGUGAUCAUCCUAUCACAGCCAAGGCCAUUGCAAAGGGAGUAGGUAUCAUAUCUGAGGGCAAUGAGACUGUUGAAGACAUUGCUGCUCGCUUAAACAUUCCUAUCAACGAAGUCAACCCAAGGGAUGCCAAAGCUUGUGUGAUCCAUGGUGGAGAUCUGAAGGACCUGAGCCCUGAGCAGUUAGAUGAUAUCUUGAAGUACCACACAGAAAUUGUGUUUGCCAGAACAUCUCCUCAGCAGAAGCUGAUUAUCGUUGAAGGCUGCCAGAGACAGGGUGCCAUCGUAGCUGUAACAGGUGAUGGUGUAAAUGAUUCUCCUGCUCUGAAGAAGGCUGACAUUGGUGUAGCUAUGGGUAUUGCUGGAUCUGAUGUAUCCAAACAGGCUGCUGACAUGAUCCUUCUGGAUGACAACUUUGCUUCAAUUGUCACUGGAGUAGAAGAAGGUCGUCUGAUCUUUGACAACUUGAAGAAGUCCAUUGCCUACACCUUGACCAGUAACAUCCCUGAGAUCACCCCCUUCCUCCUUUUCAUCUGUGCCAACAUUCCUCUUCCUUUGGGUACCGUCACCAUUCUCUGUAUUGACCUGGGAACAGACAUGGUUCCUGCCAUCUCAUUGGCUUAUGAAGCUGCUGAGAGUGACAUAAUGAAGCGCCAACCCAGAAACCCCAAGACGGACAAACUUGUGAAUGAGAGGCUCAUUAGCAUAGCCUACGGUCAGAUCGGUAUGAUUCAAGCUCUGGCUGGGUUCUUUACAUAUUUUGUCAUCCUGGCUGAAAAUGGCUUCCUGCCCUCAACAUUGCUGGGUAUUCGUGUGUUGUGGGACGACAAACACAUUAACGACCUGGAGGACAGUUACGGCCAACAAUGGACAUACGAGCAGAGGAAGAUUGUGGAGUUCACAUGCCACACAGCUUUCUUCACCAGCAUUGUAAUUGUACAGUGGGCUGAUUUGAUCAUCUGCAAGACCAGAAGGAACUCUGUCUUCCAGCAAGGAAUGAAGAAUAAGAUUCUCAUCUUUGGACUGUUUGAGGAAACGGCUCUUGCAGCCUUCCUGUCCUACUGCCCAGGCAUGGAUGUUGCCCUUAGAAUGUACCCACUAAAACCAAACUGGUGGUUCUGCGCCUUCCCCUACUCACUCCUCAUCUUUAUUUAUGAUGAAAUCCGAAAACUUAUCAUCCGACGCAGCCCAGGAGGUUGGGUGGAGAGGGAGACCUACUAUUAAAGCAUCCAGUCUGCAUCAUACAAGUUUAUUUGCAUGGUUGUCUUGCUGCUCGGAAUUUGAACCUCAGUAAUUUGGAUGUUUUUAUAUAGGGAAUGCUGAUAUAAACACUGAGAUCGUGAACCAAGACAUUGCGUGCCUUGUUUCUGAAGCCGGACCAAUUUUAUACAUGUUUUUAAAAGUCUAAUAUAAAAAUAAACUUGCAGCCAGGUCCCAUGUUUUGUGUAUUUCCUUAUUUUUCAUUUAUUUAUGUUUGUCUGUCUGUUUGUUCUUUUUUUUUGUUUGGCAAGUGCUCGGAGCUUUAGUGCAUGAUAAGAAUGCCAACGUUUGUCUGGUACUCUCUGUGCUUUACCUUUGUUACCAAAGUGACCAUAGUUCCCAUCAAAAUACCAUAGCAACUACAGUUCAUUUUAAAUGAAUAUGACAUUUCCAUAAAACCAUCUAAAAAUCUCUUAGACUCUUUCUGCCCUUUGAAUGAAAGUGGUGGUUAAUAUAACCAAUAAUGACCAAUAAACAUUAACUGUGGUAUUUUGGUGAAAUUUAUGGUUACCUUGGUACAUUUUUGUAAGGAAAAUGGCAGAAAUGUAUUGAGUAUUGUUUGAAAAAUAAGAAAUCCUUUCUAGGUCUCUGCCAACCCCCAUUUCAACAGCCUCAACUAUUAAAAAAAAAUGAAUAACUGUACAGUACAAUAUCCUCCUCAGUGAGAGUGGGCACAUUUUAAGUGGGUUUAGAAUGUCUGAUCCAAGUCUCAUGCCAGGAGGAGACCGGAGCUCCACUUACCUCCACCCGCUCUGCUGCAGUCUGGCAUGAAAACGGUCCAAUGCGGUUUCGGCCAAAGUAUCAUGAGUCACAAUCACCAGAGAGGGUAGAGAAUGCAAUAAUAUAUGAAGAGAUUGAUUGGUUAUCAGACACUUAUAAGUAUUGGGUGUAAUCCAAUUAAAAGUAAUUAGUUACUGUGAUCUAAUUACUUUGUAGUCAAAGUAGUGUAAGACAUUAUAUUUUAAAUUUUUGUAAUCAGAUUACAGUUAAUUUUAAGUACAUUAUAGGGUUAUAUUUAUUUCUAAUAUACUAUUUAUGUAGAAAACAAGAAUUAUGGCCCCGUAACAUUUGACAAGGCAAGAAAAACACGUUUACAUGAUAUUUGAAAUAAUCGUGUUAUUCUCUACUUUUGACAGCAAACUGUGAAGAGGCAUGCGCUCAACACGUGUGCACAUUGGAUGAGCCGGUAAGAACACUGGGUAAGGUGUUUAAUGGCACGGGAAAUCUACCCAUGUCGAUCGGGUUAUUCAUAAGUCGUUUAUGGCUUUUACGCCGAUAAAAGAAUGCGGAUUGUUGCGUUUACGUGACCACAGGUUGUCAUUUUAUUACGCAUAAUCUGUGUAAGAAUGUGCAUGUAAACGCACUCUUUGUGACGGAGAAAUGAGAGGUGCUGAGUAUAUGACUUGUGUGUAACAAUGAACAAAAAAGACAUUAUUUUGAAUUUGUUGAGCCGAAAAGUGUUUUAGAAAGUAACUUAAAAGUAAAGUAAUUGGUAAUGUGAUUACUUUUUAAUGAAGUAAUUGGUAAAGUAAUCUGAUUAAAAUUUUAGAGAAACAAUUAUGUAGUGGAUUACUAUUUUUAAGUAACUUACCAAACACUGCUAAUUACUGAUGCAGAACUGAUUUUUCAUUGUUCAUGGUUCUGCUUUUUGACAAUAAUAAAAUAAUAUUUAGACAUCAAAAAUACAAACAAUAAUGUGCAUUAUAAAUAUUUCAAUAGUUGUAAUUUUACAAUUAUAGAAAAUAAUAGUAAUUUUAUAUUAUUAUAAAAUGCCUUUAUGCCAUUAAAUUUCUGCAAAGUUGUUUUUCCUAAAUGGCCACAAAUUUAACUUAAUCUUUGUUUUAUGCUAUGUCAGUUAAGCUUAAACAGAAUGAGUAAUUUAUGUAAAUAAUACAGUUACUUUACACUGUUGAGCACUGUUUUUUUUUUUUUAACAGUGAUGUUAUGUUGUUGUUGGGUGCUAUACCACCACCUAUAUAUAUAUAUAUAAUUAUUAUUAUUAUUAUUUAUUUAUUUUUAUGGAAUUUAAUAACUCAAUUCAAUUUGAUGGAAUUUUAUAAAACUGAAAAACAUAAAUCUUAAAAAUAGGUUAAAAUAUUGUUUUGAGUGUACACAGUCACAAAGGCUUCUAAGCUUGACAUAAUGGGCACAAAUGCCUUGGGCCUUCAUUCAUUAGCUUCCCUAGUUCUAUCUCUGCAUUUGACUUGGUGAGGUUUAUCUUUGGUUGAUAGCCCCACGUUAACAGCUCCAUCUCCCUCUGGUGCCUAUCUGCUGGGAAAAUGCAUUCGGGUGGAGUGAACAUGGAGAGAAUGUGUUGUUGAAGCAUGGAUGAGCAGGAUUCUAUUUCGGUCAAUUACUAAGAGACCAUACACUGCUAGUAACAGCUAUUAUUCAUCUCUCAAACGAGGCUGUUGAAAUCGCAUUCCCCUUUCAUCUGUUUUAUUUGGGUUCAGAGGAUGUCAGUCGACAGUUUAAUUACCUACAGUUAACUCGUAAUUAAUUCCAUCAGUAUCGUGAAAUAAAGCAAGACCUGCCAUUGAAAUGCAUUCACUUUUUUUGAAGUAUCCGUUCCACCUGGUGAAAUUGCUCAGGUUGUACUUUUUCUUAGGGACGCAAGGUGAUGACAAGCUAUUUGCCCUUUCCCCACAGCUAUCCCAUUGAUUGCAUGAUGUACAGUCUAAACUGAGGUACAUUAGUUUUUAAAAGGUUUUUAAACUACUAACUGUGCCAUUUGCUCCAUUUCAAGUCAAAGUUGCGCAUCAACCAACAAAAAGGCGAAUCUUACUAAAACUGUCAAGAAAUACCCAGGUCAUAUUUCAUCCCAAAAUAAUAAUAAAUAAGAAAUUAUAUUUUGCAUAAAGAAAGUCUAUUUUUAGGACGAUUAAGAUUUGCAUGAUAAUUAAGCACAUUCCAACCCUCCGCAAUCAUUUGCUGUACUGCAAGAAAAUCUCUUAAAUAAUGAUUUUAUGAUUAGUAGUGGUAUUAUUUAAAUCUAAAGUUCAUUUAUGAAGUACGAUUUUUAAGUAUACAUAAUGGUAGUAUUUGUUGUAAUGAAUUCGAGAUUUUAAUGUAAAGGGAUAUUCCGGGUUCAGUAUAAGUUAUGCUCAAUCGACAUCAUGAAAAGAAAGCACCACCUCACCACACAUCAGACAGAUUGCCAUUGACAUGCAGUUCACCUGUGAUCGCUUUGGACCUUCACUUUGCCUUGAUCUUCAUAGACUGUUUAAACUUGGUUUGUCAGAUACUGUAAAGCAUUGUGUAUUUGAAGGUUCAGGCAGGUGGAAAGAAGUGUCCAUGCAAGUUAUGUAAAAGUUUAAUGGUCCGAUGACCGAACCCUGGUGCACACCCAAAAUAUAGUUGACUUACUCAUUGUUUUUGUCUUGUUUUCCAGUAAAAAUAUCUAAACAUCUUCAAAACAAGACACAGUUGCAGUAUCUGAGAAACAAAAUGCUGAAGGAAUUGAAGGAAUAUACUGGGUUUAAUACAAGUUAAGCUCAAUUGGCAGCAUUUGUGACAUAAUAAGAUUACUGUAUCACAUAAAAAAAUAAUUCUUAAAAAAAAAAAGCAAAUAUCAAGGUUACAGUGAGGCACUUAAAAAUGGAAGUGAAUGGGGCCAAUUUUUGGAGGGUUUAAAGACAAAUGUGAAGCUUAUAAUUUUAUAAAUGCACUUCCAAUAAUAUUUGUAUUAAUAUAGUGUUAUUUGAGCUGUAAAGUUGUUUAAACCAUCGUUUUUCAAUCAUUUUAGGGUCAUGGCAUCAAAGUUGUAAAAUUGUAUAUAACUUUACACAGAUGCAGUUAGUCAAGUGAUUUUAUCACACUAAAAUCAUGUUAACACACAUAUUGUUUACGUCUUGUGGCUAUACUUUUGAAACAGUGAGUAUUUUAACAAUUACGGAUUGACCCUAUUCACUUCCUGGAACCUCGAUUUUUGCUUUUUUUUU